AUGUUUACCGACAUGGAUAUUGCCGGCCACGAAGAAUGGCCCUCCCUCUUUGAUCACUCGUCAGAUCACCUAAAUGCCUUUGACCUCGCUACUUUGGAUGUCGCAACUGCCUUCCCUACCGAAGAGAAGAAGCCAGCCUUGCCAAUCUCCAUGUCUCCUGUUUCUCCUCGCGCAAAGCGAUCGACGACAUCGUCGCCUGUUCCCGCCUCUGGUACAGUUAAGCACUCCAGCGUCGCAGGUGUCAAUGCGCGAUCACGCAAGAACUUGACGCCUGUUGAAUUUGACCCCAAUGAUCCUAUUGCUGCUAAGCGCGCUCGUAACACCGAGGCGGCGCGUAAGUCGCGUGCCAAGAAGAUGGAACGCCAGUACACUUCUGAGCGCCGCAUCGAGGAUCUUCAGAAGGUCAUUGCUGAGCGCGACGCGGAGAUUGCCAAGCUCAAGGCUCAGCUCCAGAUCCAAAACAGCUACCAGUAA